AUGGCUAUCUAUCGAACUCGUACACAUUUUGAUAUUGACACAUCAAAAUAUGAACAUGAAUAUAUAAUUAACAAUUAUUCCAAAGUAUUCAGAUAUUUACACAUUGAAACGCCAGAUUAUGAAGUACGAAAUGAAGCUUGUAAAUAUAAUUUCAUCAUCGAACCAGGUCGUCGCCAUAUAUUAAUCAAUGUAAUUGUCGAAUUUCCUCUAAUAUUAACUCAACGACGUUGUUUCGAAGUCAUUGCUGAAUGUUACAAUGAAAUACGUUCAUCACCGGCAGCUACAAGCACCAGUACCAUAUCGAAUACAUCGAGAAAAGCAUCUAGAUCGAAUGUGACGAAUCAAACCAGUAAAUUAAUAUCCCAUGAUGAAAAUCAGAUUCUUUAUUCUCGUGUUCCCGAUGAAGUGGACUUGUAUGAUAGUGAUGACUACAGUGAUGAUGGUUUCGUUAAUAAUCGUCGCUACGUUAAACUUCGUCUGGAUUUGGAUGAAGUUUCAUCAAUAAAAAAGCUCCGAAUAAAAAUAAAAUGUUCUUACAAUCGCAUCUUAUCGAACGAUUCCAUCGAGCCGCAGUUGAUCGAUCAACCGAAUUCGUCGGACAAAACUGAUCUUUCCCUCUUGGAAUUGUUUCACACAAAAAUUCCCUAUGAUAUUAAAAUCCAAAUUGGCUCACAUACAUUCAACGCUCAUCGGCAUAUUCUGAUUUUACGAUCGGAUUAUUUCAAAACUUUAUUCGAAAGCCAAUUCAACGACUGCACAAACAGCCAAUUGAAACUAAGCGAUGAUAUUAAUAUAAAUGCGUUUGAUAUUCUAUUGAAAUAUCUCUAUAGUAAUCAAAUUGACUCAAUUCUUCAUGAUGAAACAUUGCUAAUCGAGUUAUUCAAACUGUCCGAUCGAUUUCUCAUCGAUUCAUUAAAACGGCAAUGUCUACUCGAAUUACUACGACAUCAUGUUAAUAAAGAUAAUGUUUUUUCCUAUUUAAAUCUCUUGAAUACCUAUGAUGGCUGUCAUGAACUACGCGAAAAAUGUUUGGACUUAUUUCAUAAACAUUCAUAUCUAUUAAAAACACCGACAUUUCAACUUUUAGAAAAAACAAAUCCCAAACUAGCUCUUCAAAUCUAUGCUUCAUUUUUCUGA